UGGCCCCUUCUGAGAUGGUGGUGAUAAUUCUCAAAAUAGAAACGAGGACAGGCUCCUAGACGAUGAUUCAAAGCUCGCCAGCAGUUCGGAAUGAAGAAAUGUGGGUAUAGAGGAUGGAGGUGCUUAGGUUGAAGGUGAUCUGGAGGUUUCGAACCUCACUUUCUGAUAUUGAACUAUCACCUUUCUGGUUUAGCGCAUCUCCCUCCACAAGGCUCAAGCUCUCCGGCUUAACACGUGACAUCACCUGCCUCUUCACAAGUUCAUCGAAGCCUCUCACUUGUGGCUUUGUUAAACCCUUCACUGCGUGAAGAUUGAGGCUAGGAAGCUCAAGUUCCCUAGGACAAGAGACUCAAUAUGAAUCAAUCACAGACUCCUCGAACCCUGACGUCUGCUGACCGCAUCCGCCAGCUUAAUGAGAUCGACAAGGAUGUCGCAAAGUUAAUACAAUCAGCGGGCCUUGCUGUCCAAGCCCUGACCAACGCCAAGUCAACGGACGAACCCUCCCCGCCGGACAGCUCCCUCGCAUCACGCAAAACGCGGUUCAAGGAAGCAACCUCGGAAUACUUUGCCCUCCUCUCAUCCAUCGAUGUGAGAUUACGCCGUCAGGUUUACGCGCUAGAAGAAGCGUCUAUCCUCGCCCCGGAGCCAGCGGUCUCGACGAGAAGUGGUGACACAGCUGCCGCCUCGACGGGGACUGCUGCUGCGGCGGCCAAUCCGCUAGACAUCAGUUGGCUGAAUAGCAGGAAAAAUACAGUUGGGAAGGAUAAGGAGGCCGAACUGUGGGAGUCGGCGAGAGAGUUCAUUGAGAAUUUCGAUAAGCGACCGGGUACAGAUGCGCCUGCAGUAAAGAGUGAGAAUCUCGACCAGAAAAUGGAAGUCGAUUGAAUCGACCACGCCGUCUAGAUGGGCCUACUCAAGUGCCUGAAAUCAAAGAGUCCAUCUUUACUAUCUUCGGGGAGGUUUCCCCACCCCAGACUGGCUGAGGUCUCGCCGGCGGUUCCUUAGCAGGCCGCAAGCUACGUAUUGUCCAAGUCAGGGAGAGUACAUGACAAUUAUCCUAUGUGCACAUCAGAGACGACAAGAGAUAAAGCAUGCAGCAUUGUAGGACACGAUGAUUAAUUGGACUCGAGUCCACGAUCCGGACUAAGAAUCGAGACAGUUCUCGCAUACCGUCCGUAUCGGUUUCUGGAUGCGGACCAGCCAAGAUCAAAGUGUAUUUAUCGCAAUCUCAGUGGAAGCAGUUGGAGGAGAUCUUAUAGAUUUUUUUCAUUGAAGAAUUGUCAAUGGAAUAGCCUCCUAUAGAAGUCAAGUCCGCAAUAUAUACGACUCUUUUC